AUGACAGCAACGGCAGAUCCGGCAAGUCACGGCGAAAUCGCAUUUCCGCAUCGCCCCUCCCGCCCCGUGGCCGGCUUUGUCGCCCUCGGAGACUCCUACUCGGCCGGCAUAGGGACCGGCCUCAACGGCACCGAAGACGAAUGCCGCCGUGGGCUCCAUGCCCACCCCAGGCUCAUCCAGGCUGAUCUCAACACCACUACCCGUGGCCAUGAUGCGGCGCCGCCAGCUCUCCAGUUCCUGUCUUGCACAGGGUCCACCAUCGAAGACAUGUUGUCUGGCGCCCCCAACAGCCAGAUAGAUGCCUUCAAUACGUCUCUGCCCGCCGACUUCGCCCUGCUAUCCAUCGGCGGCAACGACCUUGGCUUCUUUGACAUCAUGAACAGCUGCAUCUUCCGCUUCUACAGCUUCUACUCCGGCACUUGCGACGAGGCACUGCGUCGCUCCGAAGAAGCCCUUACCGGCCCCGAGUUCGAGCACGGCCUGCGGCUUGCCAUCAUGGAGAUUCUCGAUCGCGUAAAGUGGGAAAAGAACCCGUGGUUCAGCAUUUUCGUAACCGGGUACGCUCGUUUCUUCAACGCAGAUACCAACGAGUGCGACGAGUCGUCGUUUGGUGUGUGGUGGCGCGGGCCAAAGUUGAAGCGCGACCUCCGUCAGAGGAUGAACCGCAUGGUACUGCGUGUCAACGACAAGAUACGACGUUCCGUCGACGCCAUCAACGCUGGCUUCACGAAGCCGCGCGUCACAUUUGUCGACUACGAUGACGCGUUUGAGGGGCAUCGGUUCUGUGAGCGCAACACUACCGAGCCAGACUACGGCAGAAACGAAACGUGGUUCUUCCUCGUCGGAGGUCAAGACAACUCGGCGACAAAUCAGUCCGCCGCGCUGAACGCCGCCUCUGCGCACGCCGUGCUGCUCAGCCCGUCGUCGCCACUCAUCGACCCUGAGCUCUGCUUGGGGCCCGCCGAGAAAUCUGGAGACUGGGGCGAGCUCGCGCUUUGCAUGAUGGCGAUGGCAGCGAAGGAGGACCCGACGUUGAAAACUCGACAUGGUGAUAUGGUGGCCGAGAAUUCCAUGUGGUACGUGCCUACGUACUACGGCAAGACUUUCCAUCCGCGAACAUUGGGCCACAUGGCCAUCAGAGACCGAAUCUACAGGCUGUGGGAGGAGAGACAGCAGAAUGAGACCCAGGGCAAGAAUUGA